AUGGGCGACGCUCCUGAGCCUAAGAGACCCCAGACGGAGGUCGCAGAAGAGACCUUUGUCGGCAGCAUUGACCAAGGCACGACGUCAACACGAUUUGUGAUUUUCAAUUCAAAUGGCGAGCCUGUCGCCUCUCAUCAGAUGGGCUUCGAGAAUAUCCACCCGGAGUCAGGAUGGCACGAACAUGACCCUUACGAACUGCUCCAGACAGUAGAAACCUGUAUAGAGAACGCCACGAAGAAAUUGACCGAAAAGGGUCUCGACACAGCCAAGAUCCACGCCAUUGGAGUGACGAACCAGCGCGAAACUACUGUCCUUUGGGACAAGAACACCGGAGAGCCACUGUACAACGCCAUUGUCUGGCCGGACACUCGAACCAAGUCCCUGGUCAGGGAAUUGAAAGCAAAGCAAGGGUCCGAUAAGCUCCUCGAACUUUGCGGCCUCCCUCUCUCAACAUACCCAUCUAGUGUCAAGCUGUUGUGGCUUCUGCAAAACAACGAGACUGUCAAGGCAGCCUACGACGAUGGCCGCUUAGCUUUCGGAACAAUUGACACGUGGUUAAUAUACAAACUUAAUGGAGGCGUUGAAAGACGAGGGGACCCGGUCUACGUCACCGACCCAACAAAUGCCAGUCGCACCAUGUUCAUGAACCUCAGAACCCUGAAAUACGACGACGAGCUCCUCUCAUUCUUCGGCAUUGAUCGCCAAAAGAUGUCCCUGCCAGAAAUUGUGCCGUCGUCUCACCCCACAGCCUUCGGUGCCUUGUCACGCGGUCCUCUCAAGGGCGUUCCUAUUGCUGGAUGUCUAGGCGAUCAGUCAUCCGCAUUGGUCGGCCAAUUGGGCUUCAAACCUGGCCAAGCAAAGAACACAUAUGGCACAGGUUGCUUCCUUCUGUACAACGUAGGCAACAAGCCUGUCAUUUCAAAAAGCGGUCUACUAGCCACGGUAGCAUACGACUUUGGCGAUGGCAAUCCCAUUUACGCGCUUGAAGGAAGCGUCGCGGUGGCAGGAUCCGGCGUCACAUUCCUGCUAAACAAUCUUGGUCUUAUCGAAACCUCCAAAGCUAUAGACGAAGUGGCCCUGUCUGUCCCCGACAACGGCGGCGUAUACUUUGUCACGGCAUUUAGCGGCCUAUUUGCGCCAUACUGGAUCGACGACGCCAAAGGCACUGUCUUCGGUCUCACAGCACACUCCCAAAAAGGUCACAUUGCCCGAGCCACCUUGGAAGCAGCAUGCCACCAGACAGCCGCCAUCCUCGACGCCAUGGCCAAAGACUCUGGCCGCGAACUCUCCUCGCUCGCCGUCGAUGGCGGUCUCUCCAAUUCGGACCUCUGUAUGCAGACACAGGCCGACCUAACAGGCAUCCGGGUCGAUCGCCCGGCCAUGAGAGAAACGACUUCUUUGGGCGCAGCCAUCGCUGCUGGGUUAGCGACUGGAGUCUGGUCCAGCAUCGACGACCUGAAGAGCAUCAAUUCGACGAACCGCACCAUCUUCGAGCCCAAGGCAGGGAAGGAGGAGAGAGCGCAGUCCAGAAAAAUGUGGGAAAGGGCGGUGGAAAUGUGCCGCGGUUGGAUACGGGAUGACUAG